AUGAGCUUCCUUGCCAGCAAAGGUUUCUUCAAAAAUAAUAUUAACGAGUACAAGAAGUGUCUGCACAGCUUGUGGUUUAAGCCCAGCUGGGAAAUCCAUCACAAUGUAAAGGGCAGCACUGGAUUUGAGAACAUCUUUCUCAACAAUAAAAACAAUGGCCCCAACAACUGGAUCUACGCAGCCAAAAUGGAGGAACAGAGAACUUUACAACUUCAAAAUGUAAAAUUUAAUGUCCUUCUAGAAACUGCCUAUGGAUUCAAAGUAACGCUUGUAGGAUUAGACAGUAUAAUAUUUAAUGGUAGACAAAUAUUUGAUAAACAGAUAUUGGUCGGCACGUCACCCGAACUAGAGAUGGCCUUAUACACGGUCUGCUACUACGUGAGACCUAACGAGGACUGCUCAGUCUCUUUCGGACACGUUAAAUUUACUAUUAAGAUAAUUGUAGAGAAAUACUGGGAAAAAGAAGCCAUUGUUGCUGUCGAUUCGAGUGCUGUUGAUGAAGAUUUAUUAAAAUAA